UUUGUUGUUGUAUUGUAGAGGGCGCUUCGACAAGCACAGACCGGCAAAAUGGCAGCACCAACAGCAGAGAAAGUUCAAGAAAUAAGAGAAGUGACAAGGAUUGAAAGAAUAGGUGCCCAUUCACACAUCCGUGGUCUGGGUUUGGAUGAUGCUUUAGAAGCCAGAAAUGUGUCACAAGGCAUGGUGGGUCAGAUGGAGGCUAGGAGAGCUGCUGGGGUCAUACUGGAGAUGAUCAAGGAGGGUAAGAUAGCUGGCAGAGCAGUACUAAUAGCAGGUCAUCCAGGCACAGGAAAAACAGCCAUUGCUAUGGGUAUGGCACAAGCUCUUGGAACAGAUACCCCCUUCACCAGCAUAGCAGGCAGUGAAAUUUUUUCAUUGGAAAUGAGCAAAACAGAAGCCCUUACACAAGCUUUCAGGAAAUCCAUUGGUGUUAGAAUAAAAGAAGAGACAGAGAUCAUUGAAGGAGAGGUUGUAGAAAUCCAAAUAGAUAGACCUGCCACAGGAACAGGGGCAAAAGUUGGGAAACUGACUUUGAAAACAACAGAAAUGGAAACAAUUUAUGAUCUUGGUCAGAAAAUGAUAGAAUCUCUAACAAAAGAAAAGGUUCAGGCAGGAGAUAUUAUCACAAUAGACAAAGCCACAGGAAAAAUAACAAAGCUAGGAAGAUCUUUCACAAGAGCACGUGAUUAUGAUGCCAUGGGAGCCCAGACAAAGUUUGUACAAUGUCCUGAGGGAGAAUUACAGAAGAGAAAAGAGGUUGUACACACAGUGACGUUACAUGAAAUUGAUGUCAUCAACAGUAGAACACAGGGCUUUCUGGCUCUCUUCUCAGGUGACACUGGAGAAAUAAAGGGUGAGGUCAGAGAACAGAUUAAUUCCAAGGUAGCAGAGUGGAGAGAGGAGGGGAAAGCAGAGAUUGUUCCUGGGGUUCUGUUCAUUGAUGAGGUACAUAUGCUGGACAUUGAAUGUUUUUCUUUCCUCAACCGAGCCCUAGAGUCAGACAUGGCCCCUAUACUUAUAAUGGCCACCAACAGAGGUAUCACAAGGAUCCGUGGAACACAGUACCAAAGUCCCCAUGGCAUUCCCAUAGAUUUACUGGACAGACUGCUCAUAAUCUCUACAACACCGUAUCAGGAGAAAGAAAUCAAACAGAUUCUUACCAUCAGGUGUGAGGAAGAGGAUGUAGAAAUGAGUGAUGAGGCCCUGAUUGUGUUGACAAGAAUAGGAAUGGAGACCUCCCUUAGAUACGCUAUACAGCUCAUAACCACAGCUAACUUAGUGGCCAGGAAGCGAAAGGGAACAGAGGUUGAUGUGGAUGAUAUUAAGAGAGUGUACUCACUUUUCUUGGAUGAAUCAAGAUCAACUCAAUUCUUGAAAGAAUAUCAACAAGAAUUCAUGUUUAAUGAACUUGGUGUUGAUGCUUCUGCCAUGGAAACAAGCUGAUAUAUCUUGUGUGAGCUGUGAACACUAAACAUUCUCAUUUCAAAUUGUUUUGUCACCAUGUUUUCUGCAACAGCAGAAUAUAUAUAAAUCAUAAAUCCCUUC